GCGCCCGGCGUAGCCGUGCUCGGGGCUGUUUCGUACGAUCCUAGUGGGUCCAUAACAGCUCCAGAUGUUAAGCUAAAUCUUGGAGGAGAAUUCAUCAAAGAAUCGUCUGCAACUACAUUCCUGAGGCAGAGGGGAUACGGCUGGCUUCUGGAAGUGGAAGAUGAUGACCCAGAAGAUAACAAGCCACUCCUGGAAGAACUCGACAUUGAUCUGAAGGAUAUUUACUACAAAAUUCGAUGUGUGUUGAUGCCUAUGCCGUCUCUUGGGUUUAAUAGGCAGGUAGUGAGAGACAAUCCAGAUUUCUGGGGUCCUCUGGCAGUUGUCCUCUUCUUCUCAAUGAUUUCAUUAUAUGGACAAUUUAAGGUAUGUACAAACUUUCUACUUAAAAAGAAAUCAGAACUAAAUUUGGGGACAUUAUUGCUAAGCAAUUUGCAUUCUUAUGUAAGCAGAAAGUCUCUUCUUCACAUAUUAAUGUAGGGCAUUCUAAAUAUA